AUGAGUAAUCAAGUCAUAUUCCUGGGAUUCGUUGUUUCAAAAGCAAGAGUGUCUGCUGAUCCUGAAAAGGUUAGAGCCAUUGUAGAGUGGCCUGAGCCAAAAAGCAUUCAUGAUGUGCGAAGUUUUCAUGGCUUAGCUACUUUCUACAGGAAGUUCAUUUACCGAUUUAGCACUGUCAUGGCUCCAAUCACUGACUGCAUUAAACAGAAAGAAUUUAGAUGGCCAAAGAAGGCAGCAAAGGCUUUCAUUGAAAUUAAGAGGUUGAUGACGGAAUCCCCAGUUCUCCGUCUCCCGGACUUUUCAAAAGUCUUUGAAGUUCAAUGUGAUGCAUCAUCAGGUGUAGGAAUAGGUGGUGUCCUUGGACAAAAGGGUCACCUGUUUCUUAUUUUAGUUAAAAAUUAA